UUUUAAAUUUGUCCACUGAUCUGGGUUGAUAAAACAGGUUCUUUAAUCUUAACGGCAUUCUUCCUCUUCAAUCCUGCUCGAUUAAGAAUUUAGUAAUUUUGAGCCUGAAAUCCGCUUCUGGUCCUGACAAACUGGAUGAUGAAUUCUAUAAGGAAACUGGUUUCAUGUGUAAUCCUUGACUUGGAUGGAACACUUGUAAAUACAGCUAAUUUAUCAGUGGAAGGGUAUGCAUCCGUCCUCUCAGAACAUCCUGCGGGCGUUUAUUUUGGUUGGGCCAAAUUAUCAACCCGGGGUUUUUACAAGAUGGUUAUGAGCAUUGGUUGGAACCCGUACUUUGAUAACACCGAAAAGACCAUAGAACCAUGGUUGCUUCAUAAGUUUGAUGAGGAUUUCUAUGGAGAGGAGUUACAUCUUGUUAUUGUUGGCUAUAUUCGACCCGAGGCCAACUUCCCAUCACUGGAAAGCCUCAUCGCAAAAAUACAUGAAGACGGUAAAAUUGCGGAGAAUGCACUUGAGCUUCCUUUAUACGCCAAGUACAAAGAUGAGACAUAUUUCAAAAGCAUUCACAACAGUCAUUUAUGACAUUGAUUUUUUAAGGAGGAUGUUUCAGUUUUAAGAUUUUAAUAACAGGUGUAAUCAGGACUAGUAAGAAUGAUGCAAGGUUAUUGAUACUUGAAAGCAUCAUAAUAAACACUUUUUUGAGACUGUUGGAGGUA